AUGAUUCCGUCGCUGCAGUGGACAAGCGAAGCACUCUACGACGUCGCAAGUGCUCGCGUGCAGGCAGUCUCCAACGGCGAGGCCCCUUCCCUGCAGGACAUGUUUGACGAAAGUAUCUCGAAACAACGUAUUUUCGAGGCAUUUCGCCAGCUUCGCGUGCCGCGACAUUUGUUCAAGUUCCUGUAUCGUUUGCUGGUUGCCCAUUGCAACAACUACACCGAUCAGGAUCCGAGCUACAAGAUUUCCAGCCAGACGUUCGAGUCGACUUUGGCGGUGUACCUUCGCGAACAAGACGCGUUUGAUCGCGGACUUGGGGAAUUAAGCGUCAUGCACGGAAGCAAGUACGCGUGGUUGUUACUGGCUGCGACCAUUCUUGUUGGUUGCAAUCAAUCGAACAAUCCAUCCGAUACGGCCCAGAACAGCACGUCUCCUGAAGCGACCGACGAAAACAUCGUCGUCGAGAAAGUUCAGGACGAUGUCCAAAAGGCAGUCCAAAACCCGAAAGCGGUUGUGGACUUGUUCCUGAUCUCGUUACGCCAAGGCGAUGCAGCAACGACAAGCCGCCUGCUCACGACCAAAGCACGCUUGGAAACCGCCAAGCACGACAUGGUGGUUCGUCCGCCAGGAAGUGCAACAGCUAAGUUUGUCGUCGGUCAAACGAUCUACACGACAGAAGCACGAGACAUUUGUCACGUUGAGUCGAACUGGACCGACGUCGAUGACGCUGGCCGACGUCAGACAUACGAAAUUGUCUGGAUCCUUCGCAAAGAACCCUCCGGAUGGGCGGUUGCCGGCAUGGCUACCGAAUUAUUUUCGGGAGAAGCUCCCCUCGUGAUGAAUUUCGAGGACCCACUGGACAUGCUGGCUCAACAACAGCGAGCUGAGCUGGAAUUGACGCGUCGUGGAAACGCUGCCGGUGGAAACUCACAGGUAAUGCCUGCCUCGCAUUCUUCGACACUUAACCGCUAA